AUGUACAACACGCUCGAAUCCAGCAGCGUCGUCGAAUCAGCACCACCGAAGAUGGCAUCCAUCCCAUAUGUUCCUGGCCUGAGCGAGAGAGUGGCAAAAAUACUACGCAAGCAUGAUGUGAUCGCCGCAUUUAAGCCAUGUGAUAAAGUCAAAUCGACAAUAUUCACAAAACUUAAAGAUCCCAUCCCCAAAAUGCAACAAACGAAAGUUGUGUACUCGAUUCAAUGUUCAUGUGGGAAAGAAUAUGUUGGCCAAACUUCUCAAACCCUGGAGAAAAGAACAAAACAACACGAGAACAACAUCCGCCUAAAGAAUACGCAAACUGGCCUGGCACAACAUGCGCUUCAAGACGACGCUGAUCACAAAUUUUAUUUUGACAAAACGCGAAUUCUGGAGAGAAUUUGCCACAAAUCCCACCGAUUGAUAGCAGAGAAACUGCACAUCAAACUACGGGGAAACCAGGCAGUUAAUCUCCAGAUCGACACCAAAGGAGUAUCCAGUGCAGUGAUGCCACAUUUCAAUCGGUAUUUUUGA